CAAAAAUAUUUUUAGAACUUUCAAUUAAUAACUUGUAAUAGGUCCAAUUGACAGAGCAAAGUCCAUUUCAAUUCAUUUUAGAAAUGGCUGCAGAUUUCUUCACAGGUGUUGUCAAGUUUAACGCACAGACUGCUGGCAGAGAUAAAUUAUGCAGAUUGUGUCAGUAUGGUUCCAAAUUUGUCUGGUGGAAUUUACAAAAGACUGGUCAGAGUGAAGAAUUAGUGAAGAAAUUGAAAAAUUUAGAAGCAUCAGUAUCCACCACAAGAAAAUUACUCCGUUUUGGUAAAAGUAUUGACUUCAUUCAAGCAGCCUUGAAAAGUAUCCAUAUUUCUAACACAGUUUGGAAAUUAACAAUAACACUAUCUAAAAUUAAUCAAGCCUGUUAUCUUCUAUUUGAUCAUAUAAUAUAUGCUGGAAGGAUUGGGGUAGCCAAUGUUGAUGCAAGAAAAUGGAAAGAUCUCUCAGCAAGAUUUUGGUUAGUUAGUCUGAUAUUGAAUUUAGUUCGAGAUUUUUAUGACAUUUAUCAUAUAUUUUUACAUGAGGUGAAGUUGCGAAAUUCAAAACUCAACAAAAGUUUAUAUAUGAAUGGUGAUUCCGACCACAAAGAUAAACAAAAGAAAAUAUUAAAGAACUCUGAAUUGAUGCAGAAAUGUGUUUUAGAGAAUAAAGCAGUUUGCUUAGAUUUAGUGAAGAAUACCUGUGAUAUUUUACUGCCAUUAAACUCUUUAAGUAAAAUAUCUAUAAGUCCUGGUACUCAGGGUCUUGUGGGAGCUAUUUCUUCCAUUAUAGGAAUUGCUGCUACUUGGAAUCCAUUAUUAAGACUGGUUCCUUCCUAGUGUCUAUGUUUAAAUGAUUUUACACAUUUUAAAUUUUCAGAUGAGCAAAUUUUGUUGUUGUUUUCUGAAUUACUAAUUUGAUAUACAGCUUCAUUGAUCAAUAACAUUUAUCUUGUAUCAUCAAUAUUCAAUUAAUUUCAUAUAAAUUACAUGUAUUAUUUGUGGGUGUAUGAAAAUGAAGAAAUACAUCAAUCAGCUAUUGUAUUCUAAAAUCCUAUUUCAUAUAAUAAUGGUCAGGUAUGUUAACACACCAAAAUUUUGUACAAAUAUUUAUACACUAUGAUUAGAAAUUGUUAUACAUGUCUUGUUAAUUUUUAUUGAUCAAUAAAUUUUUCAAAC